UUUCACUGCCCCGGGUGUGGGGGUCGUUUUUUUCCCCCCUUGCAGUCACAGAUGGAUGAAGGGAGCAGGGCAUAGAAGCUCUACACACACUGACCUCCCAGUGCAGGCACCAUGUUACUCACAGUGACACCUCUAGAAGAUCCUGGGCCACCCUCUCCAGCUCCACCUCCUACUGCACCAAAGCCCUCCAAAGACAAUGCCCGCCUCCAGCGCCUUUUACGAAAAGCUGCAAAGAGGAGUGGCCUGCAGCAACCACCCUCACAACCUCCUAAGUCCUUCCGCUCCACCCUCUCCCCUGUCAAUGAAGGGGAUCUGGAGAGCCCUGAACCUGUAUCACGAUAUAAUUAUGUUCCUCCUCCUCUUAAUCUGCCUCCUCGCUUCCAGAUUCAUCCGAUGACCCACCGUGUGCCAUCACCUUACCCAAAGCAACACAGCUUCAACUUCACCAUCACUGAGCAGCAGAGUUUGAGCCAGUAUCUGACUUCUCCAUCACAUCUUGAAACACCCUCACCCCGCCCUCCAGGAUCCAGUACCCCUAAUACACCUAUUCCGUUCCCAGAGGAGGCCUGCACCCCUGUUUCAUAUACUCCAUUUCCUAUAACGUCCAGCACCCCUCAAGUGCAAUUAAAAGAGUCCUGUUACCAUGAAAGUUGUUUGCAGUUCACUCCAAGAAUUACUAAAUCCAAAUCUCCCUGCCUUCCCCAAUCACCAGUAACUCCCAUCCCCAAGCCUGAGAAUUUGGUCACAAUGACACUCAUCCUGCCGGUGACAAAGCAAAAAAGGCCAGGACCUAUCGCGUCCAAAUCCACAGAAGAACUAAACCAAGUGCAGAGUAUCAGAGGGGCCACAAAUACAGAAAGUGAUAAAUGCAUCUCAGGAAACAAAGUAGCAGCCAUUGAUGGUUGUCAUCCGAAAGAAACAUUAGGAGAACCCCUCUUAAAUAAGGAAGAUGCCUCGGAUAAACCAGGUAGUUUUUCUCCAACCUCAAAGACAGUGCUACAGUUAGAACUGCCUUCCAUUGAAGUAACCACUGAGAACAAUGAGUCCAUUUCUCUGAGCAUAGCGGGGAAGGAGACUUCAAGCCUCACUUCAUCUUCUGGACUCACAGGUGCCCUUCCUUCACAGUGUGAUGUAGAUGCUCCUAGAGACUCCUCUUCAGCCAUGGAAGCUACAUCCAGCCGUACUACUUCUCAAGUAACAGUUUCUCUGAAAACUUGCCAAAGUGCUCUAGCAAGUUCAGCUUCAGAGCCUCCAUCACUCCUAAAAAAGGAAGCUGGGUCUGAGGAAAUGACCCUCUUGAAAAACCCAGAUAGACCAAAGGCACCAAGAAAAAAGCCUGGAGGAGGAUGGGCAAGGCUAGUAAAACACUUAAUUGUGGAACCUGAGGAACCUAAAUUCCCUGAACAACAGGCAGAAGUGACAAAUGAGAAACAGAGUGGGGAUACCGGAUCAUCCACAGAGGUAGCUCCACAGAGCCGGAGCUCCCGUGCCAACAAGAUGUGGGAUGCCCUUUUAUAUCACAUGGCCACUUCCACCAAAGGGCAGGAGAAGCCAGGAACUGAGAUUGCACCCCAGUUACCAUUUUUGCGCUCGCGUCUGCCUCUCCUUUUGCAUCGGCCAAGAUUCGAUGCCCGCAAGUUAAAGGAGGCAGCCUCCCGGCCUUUACGAAGGGUAACAGCUUUCUUUUGCAAGAGAAUCGGAGAAAACAAACAGCCUGAAGCCACCGCCUUCAACAGAACAGCGUCAGGGUGGAGCUUACACAGGGAAGCUACAGAUAAAACAGAAGGGGAGGAAGGUGAGAAGGAAGAAAAUGUCCAGGCAUGAGAGACUAAUAAGGCCAUUUAUUCCGUUAUAAAUUCUGCCCAAAAUAUGUAACCAUUUUAGUCUUAUUGUACCCUAAUCUUCAUAUCCACACACUCAUAUCCAGAUAAAUAUAACAUAAACAAUAUAUUUCCAUGCUAUAGGUUAAUGAGAGACAUUAGCCUUUCACUAGUGGUUUAACUACCAUAGGGGCAAAGAGUGCGCCCAGGCCCGUUGCGCUAUAGUUAUGCUGCUGCCCUUCACAUUCUGCAUUGACUAUAGAAUUGCACAUCCCCUUUAUCAACUGUCGAGGAAAUUACCAGAAAUUAUUGGACCCUGAUGCAAAAUUUGUUUGGUUUCCUUGUUCAUGAACCUCCAAAACAUCAGUCAGCUCGUUUGUUUAUCUCACCCCCUUUCUCCACCAAUAUCCAACUUCAUUCUAAUGUACAAAUCAUAUAUCUCAGAGGCCCAAAUAUUACUGAACCAACCACAAAGUCACAGGAAACCAUACAUCUUGAAAUGGACAUGACAAUGUUUGUAUCAGAUCUAGUUACCCAUAGCAAUCACCUGGGUGCUUGUUUUUAAAUAGGUGACCAGUAAAUGCUACCUGCUACUUUAUUUUCCACUCUGUAGACCAUAGAGUCCUGGUACUGUUAGUUGGGUUCCAAUACCUAACAAUAUUACUGCAUGGCUCUGAAUUUGCCUAGCCCUUCUAAAACAAUAUGGAAGCCCCAGAAGAGAAUGACACGAGAUGAUGUUUCAGGUGGAAGACUGCUCUCCAAAUUUAAUACCCCUCUAAAGCAGGGCCAACCUGUGGCCGGCAGUGUCAGACUGUUUUGCCAGGGGCCCACCCAGGAGACCUUAAACCUUAGGUCCACUUUCCAAACUAUGUUCAUCCUUUCUUCACUCAUCUUUCUUUUUCCUUGAACUCAUUUGUCCUUCCCAGCUUUCUGUUUCCCCAGUUUCUCCAGUUCUCUUGGGCAACGGCAGUGGUAAAGACAAACAAGAGGUCUCAUUCUUACCUUGGCCCACUAGGAGUUUUCCUGGUACCCUGGUGGGCCAGUCAAACACUGCUUGACCCAUAUUGAAGAAACUAGACGUGAGAAAGCUAUUGGGCCACAGGUUGGACAUUGCUUCUGGUAAAUUGGUGGUGGUCUACCCCUUUUCAGCGGAUGUUGAUAGUUGUAGUUUAACAACAGCUAGAACUCCUCCACUCCAUAGGUCUAUUGUGAUGUCAGUUUUUUAAUCUCAUUUCAUCACAUUUCCAUUUCAUAACAACAUGCGGUUUUUUAACACAUAUUUAUGUAUUGUUCUAUAAUUCAAAACUGUUUUGGCUUUGCAUAAACAUACCUGCUCCUAAAAUGCUGUGCCUGCUUUUCCCUAUUUAACCUCAAGCUGUAACCAUGUUGUACCUAAUAGCAUAAAGUAUUGAUAGAUAUCCAUUGAUGGUGAAUUUAAUAUUAUCUGCUUUCUGCGCUAUGUCUAGAAUUAUUUGUCAGGGAAACAUGCCUGGACUGUUGUUUGUUGGCAGGAAGGAAGAAGGUACAAUUCCCAUGAUUACCAGGAAAUAAAUUUUCCAUGGUUAUACUGUUUCCUAAGCUUACAUCAUUCUGCUCAGCAUCAACCAAAGUUUCCAGCAGAAAUGAAACCCAUCCAUUCUGAUAAGUGUCCCUUAAAUAGGCAGGACAGAUGCUGACAAACAGAUUAGGAACAGAAAGUGAAAGUGAUGGAGAGUCGGGAUGAACUGAGAUGAGGCAGUAGAUAAAAGGGCAGGAGAAGGGACUGAUGAAGGGAUCCCCACUUACCUUCUCAAGGAUCUUCCAUGUAAACCUUCUCGUAUUUCCCAUGUCCAGUUGGAACAAACUUGUAUUUCUUACUAGCGCUCAGACUCUAGGGGUCGACAGAUAGAGAAGAAAGUCAGAUUCAGGGUGCGACUGGGAUGUGUUACUGAAGUAAAUGCACUUAAUGAGGACUUGAGCCUUGCUGUGGUGUCCAGCUACAUGUCUUCCCAACCUGGCCCGAGCCAUGUACCGUGAGAUUGAAAGAGUGUUUAUAAUAAAGUGCUAGCACGACUCAUGGAUUAAAUGUA